AUGAUUCCAAACUUGGUGCUUUUUAUGAGGAUUUGGAGGAAGUUAUCCGCAAGGAAGUUCUUCUAUAAGUUCGUCGUGGGUGACUUCGAUGCGAAAAUCGGGAUGACAGAAGAAGGGAAGCACAGGAUCGGUAGAUUUGGUUCAGGGCUCCGAAAUGAGAAUGGUAACCGUCUUGUUGGGCUUUUAUCUGCCGCACGACUUUUCAUGGUAUUUCCAUUCAUGAAGAAGGAAUACCGGUGGUGGACAUGGGAAUCAUCCAACCGUACGACUCAUGCAGAGAUCGACUACCUUCUCACCAUAGGUUCGAUAGUCCAGAGAUAA